AUGGCUCCUUGUGAGGCUCUUUAUGGGCGAACAUGUAGAUCUACUAUCGGUUGGUUUGAGGUUGGUGAAGUUGAGUUUGAUAGGGCCAGACUUAGUUCAUCAAGCCAUGGAGAAGGUGUUAUGGGAUCUUGUAAGAAGGGAAAACUCAGUCCUCGAUUCAUUGGUCCUUACACGAUAUCCAAGAGAGUUGGUAAUGUAGCUUAUGAGUUGGAGCUACCGUCAGAAUUAGCAGCAGUCCAUCUGGUAUUUCACAUCUUUAUGCUAAAGAAGUGUUUGGGUGAUCCUUCAAUUAUUGUGCCUACUGAGAAUAUUGGUAUCAAGGACAACCUAUCUUAUGAGGAGAUUAUCGUUCAGAUGCUUUAUGGUCAGGCUUGGAAGUUGAGAACCAAAAAGAUUGCAUCAGUCAAGGUCUUAUGGAGAAAACAGUUAGUUGAGGAGGCAACAUAA